CCCGGAAAAGGAAAAUAUUCACCCGGCUCUUCCCCUUCCGUCGUCAGCCCGGCUUGAAAAUUCUCUCUCCGUCAUCCGCUCUACAAAUAAGCCUUUCUUUCUCUUCCUGCACCUCUAAUUUACUUUUUCCCCAAUAUAUUCUUGUCACAGAUGACAUCGUUGCUUCCGAAUCUCGACCUGAUUUCUACACCCCUUGUCUUGGAGCUCUGCUCUCGUCCUCGGCAAUGGAAGCUCUUUUCCUUCGGACUCUCAUCCCUUCCCAGAAGCACCAAAAACUCGUCAUUCCUUCCGUUAGGGGCCGUCUAUACUCACGUGGGUUCAUCUGAAACUGCAGCAAAACCCACAAAAUGGAGAGAAAAGCAGGAAUUAGCCGAAAGCGACGCCAUUUCCGUCCUCAAUGAGAGGAUUCGGCGUGACCUCUGCAAGAGAGAGACCACAAAACCAUCCAUGGACUCAGAGGAGGCUGACAAGUACAUUCAAAUGGUGAAGGAACAACAACAGAGGGGUCUGCAGAAGCUCAAAGGGGACGGGCAAGGGCUGGGGGGUGGUUUUAGCUACAAAGUUGACCCUUAUAGCCUCCGUUCCGGCGAUUAUGUGGUGCACAAGAAAGUUGGGGUUGGCCGUUUUGUAGGGAUAAAGUUUGAUGUUCCCAAGGAUUCAUCAGAGCCUGUUGAAUAUGUCUUUAUAGAGUAUGCAGACGGCAUGGCCAAGCUUCCCCUUAAGCAGGCCUCGCGUUCGCUCUACCGAUUUAAUCUUCCGAAUGAAACCAAACGGCCACGGACGUUGAGUAGGCUGAGUGACACUAGUGCGUGGGAAAGAAGAAAGACAAAAGGCAAAGUAGCAAUCCAAAAGAUGGUUGUGGACCUAAUGGAGCUGUAUUUACAUCGGCUAAAACAGAAGAGACCUCCCUAUCCGAAAACCCCUGCGAUGGCUGAAUUUACUGCUCAAUUUCCUUAUGAGCCCACACCAGACCAGAAGCAGGCUUUCCUUGAUGUCGGGAGGGAUUUGACACAGAGAGAAACUCCAAUGGAUAGGUUGAUCUGCGGAGAUGUAGGUUUUGGUAAAACAGAGGUUGCUCUUCGCGCCAUCUUUUGUGUGGUCUCAGCAGGAAAACAAACUAUGGUUUUGGCGCCAACAAUUGUUUUAGCGAAACAACAUUUUGACGUAAUCUCAGAACGCUUUUCCCUGUAUCCAAGUAUCAAGGUUGGCCUUCUGAGUCGAUUCCAGACUAAAGCAGAGAAGGAGGAAUACCUAGAAAUGAUAAAAAAUGGACAUCUAGAUAUCAUUGUGGGCACUCACUCACUUCUCGGGAGUCGGGUUGUGUACAAUAAUCUUGGCCUUCUAGUGGUUGAUGAGGAACAGAGGUUUGGUGUCAAGCAAAAAGAAAAGAUUGCAUCUUUCAAAACAUCAGUGGACGUGCUUACUCUAUCUGCGACACCCAUACCAAGAACGCUAUACUUAGCUUUGACAGGAUUCCGGGAUGCUAGUUUAAUCUCAACACCUCCUCCAGAAAGGCUACCAAUAAGAACUCAUCUUUCAUCAUUCAGUGAGGCAAAAGUAAUAGCAGCAAUCAAACACGAGCUGCAUCGUGGUGGCCAAGUUUUCUAUGUCUUGCCUCGUAUUAAAGGACUUGAAGAAGUGAUGGAUUUUCUCACAGAAGCAUUUCCGGAUGUUGAUAUUGCAAUUGCACAUGGGAAGCAAUACUCAAAACAACUAGAGGACACCAUGGAGAGGUUUGGUCAAGGAGAAAUUAAAAUUCUCAUAUGCACUAAUAUUGUGGAAAGCGGGCUUGACAUUCAAAAUGCCAAUACCAUAGUUAUUCAGGAUGUUCAACAGUUUGGACUUGCUCAGUUAUACCAGUUACGUGGAAGGGUUGGUCGUGCUGAUAAAGAAGCUCAUGCAUACCUAUUUUAUCCUGAUAAGUCUUUGCUGUCUGAUCAAGCAUUGGAAAGACUUGCUGCUCUCGAAGAGUGCCGUGAACUUGGACAAGGUUUCCAACUUGCAGAAAGGGAUAUGGGUAUAAGAGGUUUCGGCACAAUCUUUGGUGAGCAGCAGACAGGGGAUGUUGGAAAUGUGGGCAUUGAUCUCUUCUUUGAAAUGCUUUUCGAGAGUUUGUCAAAGGUUGAGGAGCAUCGUAUUGUUACAGUUCCAUAUGACUCGGUGCAGAUUGACAUAAAUAUAAAUCCUCGUCUUCCUUCUGAGUACAUAAAUCGCCUGGAAAAUCCUUUGGAGAUCAUUAAUGAAGCUGAAAAAGCUGCCGAGAGAGACAUGUGGAGUCUUAUGCAAUUUACAGAGAACCUGCGUCGUCAAUAUGGAAAAGAACCUUACUCUAUGGAGAUAAUAUUGAAGAAGCUAUAUGUCAGACGCAUGGCUGCGGAUCUUGGGAUCAUUAGAAUUUAUGUGGCGGGCAAGAUGGUUGGCAUGAAAACAAAGAUGAGUAAGAAGGUUUACAAGCUGAUUACUGAUUCCAUGAUUUCUGACACUUACCGAAGUUCCUUGAUUUAUGGGGGGGAUCAGAUAACGGCAGAACUUCUUUUGGAGCUACCGAGAGAACAACUACUCAACUGGAUUUUCCAGUGUUUGUCAGAACUUCAUGCAUCGCUUCCUGCUCUUAUCAAAUACUAGAGUGUUGUUGCUUCUGCUCGGUGAUCAUGAACAGUUUAUACGGCGACAAACUCUGCAAGCAGGACACAUUUCCUUGACUAUUAUCUCUAGACGACCCAUUAUUUUCUCAACUGUCAGAUGAUACCAAAAUAUAGAUGGGAGACAUUGGACGGGAAUGGUCUACAUGAAAUGAUGGUUGAGAAGAUUAUCUAAACUAAAGCUGGUCGAGUACAUGAUCUUAA